GAACCAAAAAUCCAAAUUUGAAGAAAAUUGCUGACCCAAAGGUAUACUGUAACCUUAAUGUAACAUUCGUUAAUUCCAUGAAGGAUGAAAAAAGAGCUCGUACUGACAGUGGAUAACAGGGCGCAGGAUCAAAAUUCCUACGUGACCUGUGCUACGCCACACAAGAAACAGCUAUAAGUGAGCUAGGCACAUUCAAAAUCUGCUGUACUCUGGAAGACACCAAACAGAUUGCUGACUUGCUCUAUUUCAAUCUUGACAAACUAACUCUCACACAACUUGCUGCACUAGCUAAAGGGGUCAAAACUCACUCAACAUUAAAUAUUGAACACUCUGAAUGCAAAGUAGAUGCAACUCACACCCGGAUAAACUUAGGAAAAUUUUGUUACAACCUUUUGACACAGGAAAUAGCUGGUGUUAUCCAAUGGAACAAAACUUCAGAUAUUAAGCACCAUAUCAACAGGCAACAAACAAGCUUAACACGCAUCGGAAACAAACAAUUGCGAUCAAUCCUUGUUUCUUGCCACCAGGGAACUGUGCCAGGAUUUUGUUCACACAGACAAAUGCACCCCACAUUCUUCAUCCUCUCCAAUCUGAAGAAAAGAAGCCAAAUUUUUCAAAUCUUUUAUUAUCAGUGAGAUUUAUGAACAAACUUUUCAGCUCCAGAAAGCCAAAAGAAGAAUUUCCAGAUGAGUGGUAUCUCUAUAAGUCAAGGGUUAUAGAACUUGGUUGCCAACUCACGCUGUACUAUUCUUAUGCAAGAUGGAGUAGUUAUGUGUUUAUGUGGUUCUGGUAUGGCGGCAACACAUGUAAUGUGUGACUCCGCAGUUUCUAAACCCUUUUGGGCUCCUCUUUGCUUAUUGCUCCUUGUUUUAUAUGUGGUUCUGGAACCAAAUCAACGCAGCAACCUUACAAGCCGAAGCAGCUGUGAAGCAUUAAGAUUAAAAUUCCUGGAAGAAGUUUUAUCAUUUCGACUUCCUUCGAGGCAUACACGCCGGAGGACGUUCAUGCUGCUAAGGGUGCCUCACAACACGGGAGCUACAAGCUCGUUUCAACUGCACCUGAAGUCAGGGGAUAUUCAUCCGAAUCCUGGACCAAAGAAGAGAAAUACCGCUAAAUAUCCUUGCGGAGAAUGCCAAUGCAAUGUGCAAAAUAAUCAAGACGCCAUUUUGUGUGUGGAAUGUCAAAGGUGGUUUCAUGCAAUGUGCAUCAAUAUGAGCAAAGCGACUUUCAAAUACUAUCUUAAGAAUUUUAAUCUCCCUUGGACCUGUUCCUUCUGCUCUUUACCGAAGUUCAGUGAUUCUUUCUUUGAACAACCGAAUGAUGGUCCUGGUUCUUCGAUAAUCAAUUCGCAGGAGGCUUACGGAGGUGUUGCUAGAGAUUUGUGCAUCGGCUCCUCAGAUGAUUAUGCAGAACCCUCUGUUGUAGAUGACAGUUUGAGGGAGUUUGCAAUGAGCCUGCGGCAAUCAUCUGUUAAAGAUUUUAAAGUGGCGCACCUGAAUGUUAGGAGCCUUCGAUCGAAGAUUGAUGAGAUUCGCUUGCUACAAGAAUUAUGUAAUUUCGACAUUCUCGCAAUAACAGAGUCGCAUCUCGACAGUUCUGUUCCUGACUUUCAUAUCGAAAUUGAGGGUCUUCGCUUUUUCCGUUUGGAUAGGCCAAAACGUAAAGGAGGAGGGUGUGUGCUGUACUACGCGGAAAAUCUUACUGUCAUUUACAGAAGAGAUCUGUCCGAUAAGAACCUUGAGGCUAUCUGGAUUCAAGUGAAUUUCCCAUCAGUAACUGCUUUAUUUUCUGUUAUUUACAGAGCACCAGAUGAUAAUGACUUCUUCGAUAAAUUUCAGAAACAAUUAGAAAGCGCAUGGCUCAGAUCAUCCUAC